UCAUAUAGUUACACCUCCUUCCGAUUGUACAACUCUAAAGGAAUCCAUCUAUCACAAGGUUGCCAUAUUUCCUCAUUUAAGUAUAAAUUAUCUUGUCGUAAGAUGUUUUUGUAUUGGUCAAAUAUAACUUCUGAUAUCGAUGGAAUGAUGGGUGGAUUUUCUAAUUUGCACCAUGUUGAUAUAUUAUUUUCUAAACGUUUCAUACAAAGCUUACGAAAAAUUAAGAAAUUUGAAUUUAAGAAAUUUUUAUAUCAUCACGAACGUGCAAUUGAUUGUGGCUGUGGUGUUGGACGUAUUACAAAAAAUCUUUUGCUCCCCAUUUUUAAUACGGUAGACAUGGUAGAUAUUACUGAAGAAUUUAUUGAGAAGUCAGCAAAAUAUAUUGGUAGAGAAAAUAAACGAGUGGGAAAAAAGUACAUUUCUGGUCUACAGGAUUUUGUCUUUUUAAACAAUUAUUAUGAUAUUAUUUGGAUACAGUGGGUGACUGGUUAUUUAACGGAUCAAGAUUUGGUCAAAUUUAUGCAACAGUGCAAGAAUGGAAUCAAAAAAGGAGGAUGUAUAGUUAUUAAGGAUAAUGUUUCAACAAACGAUAAAGUGUUCUAUGAUGAUGAAGAUGCUAGCUGGACAAGACCAAAAGAUCAAAUAGUUGAUUUAUGUAAGCAAAGUGGUCUUAAAAUGAUCCACGAUAAGAAACAACAGAAUUUUCCUGAUGAUAUGCUACCAGUUUAUAUGAUCGCAUUUCGUUAA